GGAGCCUCGGAGGUACUGCCAGCCCCUGUAGCUUUUCCCACAGUUAACAUGGCUGCGGCUAGACGACCGUGAGCAAAGGAAAAGCCUUUGCCCACGUCCUGACUGCGAUGGCGCUUCAGCCGCGGUUCCGGAAAUGUCUGUCAGUUUUCAGGAACCUAGAGUGUGGGUUCGCAGCCCUCUCUGCCAGUUCCACGCCGGCGGUGCAGCCUGACGUGGAGACUAAGGAAAACGAAGCGGUGGCCCCGGAGUUCACCAACCGGAACCCUCGGAAUCUGGAGCUCUUAGGUGUCGCCCGGAAAGAACGGGGCUGGGCUACUGUGUGGCCGAACCGUGAGUUCUGGCACAGGUUGCGAGUUAUAAAGACUCAGCACCACAUAGAAGCAUUUGUUGAGCACCUCAACGGCCAGGUUGUGGUUUCGGCAUCCACGCGUGAGUGGGCUAUUAAAAAACACCUUUAUAGUACCAGAAACGUGGUGGCUUGUGAGAGCAUCGGGCGAGUGCUGGCACAGCGGUGCUUAGAAGCGGGAAUCAACUUCAUGGCCUACCAGCCCACCCCAUGGGAGGCGUCCUCAGACUCGAUACAACGUUUACAAAACGCCAUGACAGAAAGUGGGGUGGUGCUUCGGGAGCCUCGAAGAAUCUAUGAAUGAAAUAGAAGCAUUAACUGUUGUUGGAAGUGUAAAAAGAAAACUACCAUCUACAACCACCGAAAGAAAGCAUCUGCAUUGAAAGGAAGGAGUGAGCAUUUGGAAGGAGAACCAGACUGAAAGCUUCAUCGCAAUAACCACCAGUGAAAACUUAAAGUUAGCUUCCUUCCACGACUGUGUGUGCAUGUGUAACUGGUUUCAUUGUUUUAAUCAAGGGCUUAAUGUGUCUUCAUUCUUGGACAUGAGAUGUAUUUAAGGAAAGUAGUCACUAUUUGAAGAACAAAUUAAAAUGUUUAUAACAAACUGUGAA